UUAUUAUUUUUUUUUUGUUUAUCCGCAAAACAAUACCUCCUCCCUUACCCAACUACCCAGCUCUUUCUCUUCUCUUAUCAUGGCUGGAAGGAAAAGAAGGCGGCUGAGAUCUAUUGAUAUUUCUAGGUUAGUCGAAAGGGCCCUGGAAAAUGCAGGAGGACUAGUUGCAGUUGACGAAAGUGAAAGCUCUUUACAACAGGCGCGAUCUGAACUUCCAACAGACAUUCUGGAAAUAAUUAUCGGUCACUUGAACUUGAGGGAUAACAUCCGUGCUUCUGCUGUUUGCAAACGGUGGCGUUCUGUUGCCCUCUCUGUCCGGGUUGCCAAUAAGCCCCCAUGGCUUAUGUUCCUUCCAAAGUUCGGCGACUUGGUAGAAUUCUACGAUCCUUCGUUGCGCAAGACUUAUUCGGUUGAGUUACCCGAGUUGCGUUCCUCUAGGCUUUGUUACACCAAGGACGGAUGGUUGCUACUCUACAAGCCCAGAACGCAACGUGUUCUGUUCUUCAAUCCUUACUCUAGGCAGUUAAUCAAUUUGCCGAAAUUAGAACUGACGUAUCAAAUCGUUGCGUUUUCUGCUGCUCCGACAUCUCCCAAGUGCAUCGUUUUUACUGUUAAGCAUAUCAGCCCCACCGUGGUAGCUAUUAGCACGUGUCACCCCGGAGCAACUGAAUGGACGACUGAGAAUUACCAGAACCGCUUGCCAUUUGUGAGCAGUAUCUGGAACAAAUUGGUUUUUUGCAAUGGCCUAUUCUAUUGUCUGAGUCUGACGGGAUGGCUGGGGGUUUAUAACCCGGAAGAGCAUUCUUGGGUUGUCAGAGUCGUGCCACCGCCCAGGUGCCCCGAGAAUUUCUUUGUCAAGAACUGGUGGAAGGGGAAAUUCAUGGCAGAACAUAAUGGAGAUAUUUAUGUUAUAUAUACUUGCUCUACUGCCAACCCGGUGAUAUACAAGUUAGACCAAGUUAAUAGAGUCUGGGAGGGAAUGCAAUCUUUAAGUGGUUUGACACUAUUUGCAAGUUUCUUGUCAUCCCAAGCAAGGACAGAUAUCCUUGGGGUGAUGCGAAAUAGCAUUUACUUUUCUAAAGUUCGUUUUUACGGACGGCGAUGCAUAUCGUACUCUCUAGCCCAUGACAGGUACUACCCUCGAAAGCAGUGUUAUGAUUGGGGAGAACAAGAUCCGUUUGAGAGCAUUUGGAUAGAACCACCCGAAGACCUUUCAGCCUUUGUUUAGGGGGCUCGUCGCACAGGUACAUAAAUGUAUAUGAUGGUUGAAACUUAGAAAAGGCCUUUAUCUUCAUCUGCAUUUUCUACAUCAACAUUCCAGGACUAUUGGACUAAACGAUUCUGCAUCUUUCAGGAUGGUUGAGUAGGAGUUAAUUGGCCUUCAAGGUUGCUAGAUAGAUGAGCAAAAACGAGCUCGCAACCCAUAAUGCUAAUUUGCUUCCCUGCCGGGUUGUCAUUUCAACAAGCAAGUAGAGGUAAUUUUUAUUAUAGGUAAGCUUGUACUGUAAGUUGUAAGGUACUUGAGCUGCUAUGAUAUUUCUAAUUUCUUGGGACUGUUGAUCAAAUAAGAACUUUGAGACAUUUCUGCUCUUUAAAUACAUUCAAUCCCUUUUAAUCUCA